AUGGCACUAGCACCAACUCCGCUUUCGAAACCAUUUUUCUCGACUAAACCGGCCGCCUCCAAAUCACCCCUGUUUUCCCUCCCUGGCGCCGCCUCCCGGAAAGUUCAAUCCAGGCCUAAUGUUGUUAUCCGGAGCUCCAUUUCUACCGCCCCAACUUCAGCUGCUGUGUCGAAGGCCUCAGCUAAAAUAAAGUCGGUGAAAGCUAGGCAGAUCAUUGACAGCAGGGGAAAUCCGACUGUUGAGGUUGACCUUGUAACCGACGGCGCUGAUGGUCAGCUUUAUAGAUCGGCUGUUCCGAGUGGGGCCUCCACUGGGAUCUAUGAGGCCUUGGAGCUCAGAGAUGGUGACAAAAGUGUCUAUGGGGGUAAAGGAGUUCUCAAUGCUGUCAAGAAUAUUAACGAUAUUCUCGGACCCAAACUCGUCGGUGUCGAUGUCAGGAACCAGUCUGAAGUUGAUUCGGUGAUGUUGGAAAUUGAUGGAACACCAAACAAAUCCAAGUUGGGGGCUAAUGCUAUUCUGGGAGUGUCUCUUAGUGUAUGUCGAGCUGGUGCUGGAGCGAAGGGAAUUGCUUUGUACAAGCACAUUCAAGAAAUCUCAGGCACAAAAGAGCUUGUUAUGCCAGUCCCAGCUUUUAAUGUGAUCAAUGGUGGCAGCCAUGCUGGUAACAAUUUGGCCAUGCAAGAGUUCAUGAUCCUACCAGUUGGGGCUACCUCAUUUUCCGAGGCACUUCGUAUGGGUAGUGAAGUUUAUCAUACUCUGAAGGGAAUUAUAAAAGCAAAGUACGGACAAGAUGCAUGCAAUGUUGGUGAUGAAGGGGGAUUUGCUCCCAAUGUUCAAGAUAAUAGAGAGGGGCUGGUACUUCUUAUGGAUGCAAUUGACAAAGCUGGUUACUCGGGCAAGAUUAAAAUUGGAAUGGAUGUUGCUGCUUCAGAGUUUUAUACAAAAGAUGGAAAAUAUGACCUCAAUUUUAAGAAACAACCUAAUGACGGGGCACAUGUGCUUAGUGACCAGAGCCUAUGUGAACUUUACAAGGAGUUUGUGAAAGAAUUCCCUAUUGUAUCAAUUGAAGAUCCCUUUGAUCAAGAUGACUGGGGCUCUUGGGCAGCUCUACAAUCCUCAGUUGAUAUACAACUUGUUGGUGAUGACUUGUUGGUCACAAAUCCAAAAAGAAUAGCAGAUGCUAUCCAGAAAAAGGCCUGCAAUGCUUUAUUGUUGAAAGUCAACCAAAUUGGAUCAGUAACAGAGUCAAUUCAAGCAGCCCUCGACUCCAAAGCUGCUGGAUGGGGUGUGAUGGUGAGCCACCGAAGUGGUGAAACAGAGGAUAACUUCAUUGCAGAUUUAUCUGUUGGGUUGGCGAGUGGACAGAUCAAGACAGGAGCUCCAUGCCGAAGUGAGCGUUUGGCCAAGUAUAAUCAGCUCCUGCGCAUUGAAGAGGAGCUUGGUAAUGUUCGCUAUGCUGGUGAAAGUUUCAGAUCUCCUUGA